UAUAAACCCAGGCCUACAAGAUCCCUAGACACAGCAAUGGCAUUAUCCCUGCAAGAAUUCAUCCACUCUCUUGACCUCCGGACCCUUCCCAGGGUCUUGGAAAUCCAAUCAGGCAUCUAUUUUGAAGGCUCAAUUUAUGAGAUGUUUGGCAAUGAAUGCUGUUUAUCAACUGGUGAAGUGAUCAAAAUCACUGGUCUCAAAAUUAAGAAGAUCUUAGCUGAAAUUUGUGAGACUAUUGGACAUGACCACUCCCCCAAAACCUUUGAACUGCCUAUGAAUUUUCCAGGUCUCUUUCAGAUCAUGGCUGAUAAAACUCCAUACCUCACUAUGGACGAAAUUACAAGAACUAUUCAUAUUGGACCUACUAGAAUAGGGCAUCCUUGCUUCUAUCAUCAGAAGGAUGUAAAACUAGACAAUCUCACCAUAAAGCAGGGUGAGCCAAUCAUGCUCAGCUCAGUUGAGGAAAUUGAUGGAGAAAUGAGGGUGAAUUGUGGAAUAGUAAGGAAUCAUCAAAAUCACUCAUUUACGUUGCCCUUGGCACAAGAAGGAGAAUUCUAUGAAUGUGAAGAUGAACAUAUUUAUACUCUAAAAGAGAUUGUCGAGUGGAAGAUUCCCAAGAACAGAACACGAACUGUGAAACUUACAGAUUUUGCUGAUAAAUGGGACUCAACAAACCCACUUCCUAAAGACUUUCAUGGCACUCUGAUUCUCAAGCCUGUCUAUGAAGUCCAUGGCGUGAUGAAAUUUCGGAAGGAUAUUGUCCGCAUUCUCCCCAGUUUAGAUGUCGAAGUCAAGGACAUUACUGACUCUCACGAUGCUAACUGGUUUCUUCAGCUUUUAUCCACCGAAGACCUUGUCGAAAUGACCCAUAAAGACUUUCCCAUUGUGGCUGAAGUCAUAGAAGCACCUCCCAGGAACCAGCUGUCCAGAAGUAUUUUACAGCCUGGGAAAACCAUUGUGAUUCAGAAAAAGUACCAGGCGUCAAGGAUCUUGGCUUCAGAAAUCAGAAGCAAUUUCCCUAAAAGACACUUCUUGAUCCCCACCAGCUACAAAGGCAAGUUCAAGAGGAGACCUAGGGAAUUCCCAACGGCCUAUGACCUAGAGAUAGCUAAGAGUGACAAGGAGGCCCUCCAUGUGGUGGCCACCAAAGCCUUCUACCCCCUUCAUGAGGGGCUGUCCUCGGUGUCCGUCGGGGACCAGUUUCUAGUGCAGCACUCAGAGACCACUGAAGUCUUCAGUGAGGGAAUUAAAAAAGUGGUGCAUGUGCUGGCCUGUGAGAAAAUCCUCACCAAGUCCAGGGAGGCAGCGCUGCUCCCUCUGUACAUGGACGGAGGCUUUGUAGAGGUGAUUCAUGAUAAGAAGCAGUAUCAGAUUUCCGAGCUCUGCCAACAGUUCCGCUUGCCGUUCAAUGUGAAGGUGUCUGUGCGAGAUCUUUCUAUGGAAGAGGAUGUCUUGGCUUCCACCCCCGGUCUGCAGCUGGAAGAAGAUAUCACAGACUCUUAUUUACUAAUAAGUGACUUUGACAACCCCAGGGAAUGUUGGGAAAUUCCUGCUGGCCGCUCCAACAUGACUGUUCAGUUAGUUCAAAAUGUGUCUAAGGAUACAGGUUCAUUUCUAGUCAGAAGUCUGGUGGAAGAGAUCACAGAAGAACAAUAUUACAUGAUGCGGAGAUACGAAAGCUCUUUCCUACACCCCCCGCCAAGACCCCCCAAACAUCCCUCGGUCGAGGAAACCCAGAUAACCCUGCGGACCCUAACAGAAGAAAGAAGUGUGAAUCUGCCGACAUCUCCCAAGAGUCACCGUUUGGACAUAUCCAAGAAAAUUCACUCCAAUCAAGCUUGCCUGGACUCAAGAGUGCCAGUUGGUCGUCGCAAUGAUUCACCAAAGGUGGAGAAACAGAAGAGCAAGGAUGAGACCCUUCAGUAGCAAGCACCACUAUGACUAGAGAAAUCUUCAAACAUGAAAAACAUCAAAAGCAACAAGAUAUGAUGGAAGCCACUUGAGCAGUAAACAUAAAUGUUGCAAUGGGAAAGGAAGUUAAGGCUCCUCUCUGAAAAACAACAGUUUCCCAGUGGAACUCCAUGAGAACUUUGGCUGGCCAGUGGGAAGGAGAAAGCAAUCUUGAAAGUUGUAACAGCUAAAACUCAAAGAGAAUACUAUGAUAAAAGAACUUUGUAUUCUGUUGUGUCAAAAUCUGCAUGGUAUUGGUUCAUUGUAAGGACAUAUUUAUUUAAUGUACACAUUGUGGUGGUUAUUUCUUUUCUUUGUGUGUGUGUGUGUGUGUGUGUG